AUGGCUGAGCGGCAAUAUUCUACCCUGACCAAGCUAGGCUUGGGCGGCCUGACCUUCAACUCGGCGCUCACCAUCUACAACUCCUGGGGCGACGCCGCCUCCGUCACGUCCGUGCUCGCCGUGGAUGCUGCGCUCGUACUGCUCUUCCUCUGCCUCCGUGAGUUCGAGCAGGGCGUCGGCAGGGGCAGGGAUGCCGAGACCAAGGCCGCGGUGUGGGCGCUCACAGCGCUUCUCACGGCCAUGUUCGCGUCCGGGGUAGCGGCGAUGAUCAUGCCGCUGGCCGUCGGCGCCCUGGUCUUGCUCUGCCUCCGUGAAGUGUUGUGUUGGCUGGCUGUAUUAAAGACCAUCCUGUAA